AUGGCUACAAAAGUGGAGACAGCAGCCAACCUGGGCAACACGGCGACCCUCUUCCGACUUACUCGAUCAGCAUCGGGCAAGAAACAGGUCACCCACUCUGUGCUGCGCAGCGCCUCCGCUUCGUCUAGCAUACUUCACGGCAAGCGGAUAUUGCUGCUAGAAAACGCCCCUAAGAAGUCCUAUGAAUUAAGUGAUGUGUAUGAAGCGCGCACAGUUGCUCUUAGCUGUGCUUCCCAGUCCAUGCUUCAAGACCUUAAUGCAUGGGAUUUUUUACAGUCCAAGCGUAUCCAACCUGUCAAAGCAAUGAAAGUUUGGGAAGAUAAGUCAGACGCAUUUCUUGUGUUUGAACGAGAUCCAUUAGCGCACAUUGUGGAGAAUAAUUUAGUGGUUGAGGCGCUUCGAAUCGUGGCCCAGCGUGCUCUGUGUCCGGUCUCCAUUGAAUACGAAGCUCACGUUGAUGGAAUCGAUCUGCCCAGCUCCGAUCGAUCCGAUCAGUUGGCCCGAGUACAUGUGCGAAGUAUGCGAACCAAGGACCCGUGGACCGUGGAAACCAAUCUUGUGGUACGCAAACUGUAUUGCGAUCGUUUUUUAGCCAUAAGUUUGAAGAGCUUGUGA